UGGCGUCCUGGAGGACCGACGUCACUGUUUGUGCUGCUAUUCUGGGGAAGAUGGCGGAGGCUGCGGCUGUACCCCCGCAUCGGUUCUUCUGUCACUGUUGUAAGGGAGAAGUAAAUCCCAAGCUCCCGGAGUACAUUUGUCCGAGAUGUGAGUCCGGGUUCAUCGAGGAAGUAACAGAUGAUUCCAGUCUCCUAGAGGGCGGCGCUAACGGGAUAGAUGACACUGCCACGCAGUUCGCAGAGCUGUGGCACCUGCUGUUUGUGGAGCGACCUUAUGCAGCAGACGGGGACAGUCCAGACUCAGAACCCCGGGUCCCGGGGGGGGGCGGGGUCGGGCCCCUGGGAGGACUAGGGGGCUUGGGGGGUUUGGGUGGCCUGGGAGGGCUAGGCGGGCUGGGGGGGCUGGGAGGGGGCCCCAUUGGGGGGUCGGUGCCAGCAGGGUUGGGGGGGCCCCUGGGGGGUCCGUUGGGAGCAGGGGAGCACUGGAGUCCGGGGCGCCCCCCUCGCCUGCACAGCCAGAGGAGGUACAGGUCCAGGGCAAGCAACAGACCAGACCGCUCGCCUGCUGUGGAGGGGAUUGUACAACAGUUUCUGGCUGGUUUGUUUGCUAACUCUGGAGUUCCUGGCUCUCCUCCUCUGUCAUGGACAGGGAUGUUGCACUCUAACCCAGGAGACUAUGCAUGGGGACAGGGAGGGCUGGAUGCUGUCAUAACACAGUUAUUAGGCCAGUUUGAGAACACGGGCCCUCCCCCAGCAGAGAAGGAGAAGAUCUCCUCUCUCCCCACAGUACACGUCUCUCAGGAACAAGCAGACUGCAGUAUGGAGUGUCCGGUGUGUAAGGAAGACUUUGCGGUGGGGGAGCCGGUCAGACAGCUUCCCUGUAACCACUUCUUCCACUCAGACUGUAUAGUGCCCUGGCUUGAGAUGCAUGACACAUGUCCUGUCUGUAGGAAGGGUCUGAAUGGAGAGGACAGCAGUAGCCUGCCCCCCCCAGAGUCCCCCUCCCUCUCCACGGAUCCACGCACACAGGAGAGAUGGUCCUUCUGAGACACACCUCUCCGCCCCCCAGCCCCCCCCUGCUCCUCGGCCCUCAAACCAAGACGGUCAUCCUUCCAUCCUUCUCUGUUUGAACCAUCUCCAGUCUUAGGACGAUCAUCUCAACUUCACCUUGCCUACUAACCCGUCUGUCUCUAUCCAUGUACACACACACACAAAGCAAUAGCUCUUCUGUGGCAUCAUGGCAAAGCAGCCCACCGUUCCUGUCAGACCCACCUCUUUUUGGUUUUCUCUUAUUCCCUCUCCUCCAUCCUUCUUGAAAUGCACUGCUGUAAAAUACUGUUGUUUGGAAUCCCAGGUGAUGUUUCAAGCCUGGAAGCCUUGUCUCUUUCACCCCGCUCUGGUGAUGUUUCAAGCCUGGAAGCCUUGUCUCUUUCACCCCGCUCUGGUGAUGUUUCAAGCCUGGAAGCCUUGUCUCUUUCACCCCGCUCUGGCCUCUUCCUCUCCAGGGCUCUGUUGUCCUCGCACGCCCUUGGCCCUCUGGAAACUUCUGUACUUGGCUGGACCAUCCCCCAUCUUCACCCCAAACUGAAUACAUGAAGUGUUCAAACUGCUGAGCACAAAAGGGGCUUGAGGUAAAACUGAAAUUCACCCCAAUUUACCUUCUUCCUCUGGACGCAAGGACCUUGGAAGGAACCAAGGCUUCAGAUUUGGAACCCAGCCCCCCCCUCCCCCUCCACUCUGUCAUUCCUCCAUUCUGGUGUAUAUAUUACAAACAGAUUGCCUCCUUCUGUCAUUUUAUUAUUCUGUUGAUGAGUUUGUCUUUUGUUUCACAUUUCUAUCACUCUAUUUUUUUAAUGUAAAUAAUUUUAGUCCAGCAACUUCUGGUUUGAAUUGGAAAAUAUGGAAAAAUGGGGAAUUAUUGGAAGAAAAAACUACAACUUUGAGAAUGGAGAAACAAAUGUGAAUUAGGAUAUUAUUCUGGAUAUUAAAGUCUAUGUAUAUUAUUAUAUAUAUGAAAAUGUGUAUGACGUAUUAAUAAAUUUAAAAAGAAAGGAA